GUUCUAGGGCUCCAGAGGCCACGGGCACGAUGCUUCGGGUCCUGGUGGGGGCUGUCCUCCCCGCUGUGCUGCUGGCUGCUCCACCGCCCAUCAACAAGUUGGCAUUGUUCCCAGAUAAGAGUGCCUGGUGCGAGGCCAAGAACAUCACCCAGAUCGUGGGCCACAGCGGCUGUGAGGCCAAGUCCAUCCAGAACAGGGCGUGCCUGGGACAGUGCUUUAGCUACAGCGUUCCCAAUACCUUCCCGCAGUCUACGGAGUCCCUGGUGCACUGCGACUCCUGCAUGCCGGCCCAGUCCAUGUGGGAGAUCGUGACUUUGGAGUGCCCUGGCCAUGAGGAGGUGCCCAGGGUGGACAAGUUGGUGGAGAAGAUCUUGCACUGCAGCUGCCAGGCGUGUGGCAAGGAGCCGAGUCAUGAGGGCCUGAGCGUCUACGUGCAGGGCGAGGACGCGCAGGGCUCCCAGCCUGGCCCCCAUCCCCACCCCGGUGGGCAGACCCCCGACCCCGAGGAUCCCCCGGGGGUUCCCCAUGUGGAGGAAGAGGGGGCUGAGGACUGAGGCCCCCAACUCUUCCUCCCCUCUCAUCCCCUGUGGAAUGCUGGGUCUCACCCUCCCAGGGAAGAGUUGGGGGAGAGGCUGAAGCACCCCCUUUGGCACUGGAUGGACUUGGAUUCAGACUUGGACUUGGAAUGCUUCCCGGUUGCCAUGGAGAUCGGAAGGGAGGGGCUGGCACCAAGCUGCACAAUUUAAUAUAUUCAAGAGUUGGGGGGAAGAAGCAGAGGUCUUCGGGAUUCUUUUUCGGAGGGGGGUUCUCUUCCUUUCUGCCUCCUAGAGGUGUGCCCUUGGACGGGGGACAGUUGGCUAAGCUGCUGCAUUGGGGUGAGGCCGUGCAAAAUGGCGGGAGCCAGGCCAAGGCCUGCACAGCCACUGGUGAGGCAGGGCCCUGGGUGUGCUGAUGGUGGUGCUGGGCCCCAGGCUGAGGGUGGGCACCUUGACCGCAGCAGCCCGAGGGAGCGCUGGGAGGACCAUUGGCAGAAGCAGAAAGCUCUGGCCCCACAGGCUUCUCCCAAGGCCUCCCACUCCCCAUCCCCAGGGUGACUUCUUUCUGGUGGCACAGAGGUGGCCCUCCCUUGAUGGCGUGGUUGGGAGUCAGGCCUGGGCAGGACCCUGCUGACUCAUGGCCCUGGAGCUGGAAGCCAGGCCCUCCGGCUUCUUUGGCUGCCCAGGGGGUGGAGGGAGCGGGGGAAGAGGAGCCCUGCUGGGCCAAGGGGAGGGGCUGACCCCCUGGACCAGAAGAGCCUCCCUCUCUCCUCGCCCUCUCCCAGAUCUUGGUGUCUCCCCCUCCCCUCAAGUUCUAGGCCCCUCACAGCUGCUGGAGCUCAGCUUACCCUCUUGGGAAGCUUUUUCUGAGUAUCUGAUGGUGGGGAGCAGUCUCCCUUCCCUAGAGGUGCCAGGAGGGACUGGGUGGGGUGGACUCUGGCUGAGCCUCAAGAAACGUGGAAGGGGAGGGGCGAGGGCACGUGUGGGUGGCCAGUGUUCCCUGUGGCUCCCCAGCUGCCCAGUCCCACAGCCUCCCUUCCCCCAGCUGCACUUUAGCCCUAGAAGGGGCGCGGGGCCGGGGAGGGAGGGCUGGGCAGGCGGGCAAUGAGGAAGGCCCCGCAGCACCCAUAACUGCCUGCAUCUGCCUGUCUGUCCCCAGGGCUGCUGCCAGCCCAGCAGCCCCCUGCCUGGGGGCGCCACGGCCCUCGCAGCUGUUGCGACAAGAGCUUCUGGAGCUUGUAACCAGUAGAUUGUCUCCCUGAUGGACCCUGAGUUUUCUCAUGAAUAAACUCGUUCAACGCGUG